GCAGUCUCCGUGCAGUGAGCAUGUUUGUGCGCCAGACAUCGUCGUUGGUCGGUUGUCGUCAUCGCUAUCGCUAUCGCUGCCACAUAGCCGUCGUUUCGCGAGCCUCAUCCAUCGCCUCGUUGCCGUUGCCGUUGCCGUCGCCUUUCCGGAUGCGAGACUCUUAAGCCCCGAUCCCUCGAAAUCCCUUUCGAAGGAAACGCGAGUGCGCACCCAGGAUAGGCCAGGAUCGCGUGCGUAAUAAUCCGUAAAUUCAGCGAAUCCACCCAGUGCUCUGUGCCGCGGUCAUAAUUGAGUAAUUCGAGCAAAACUUCAUGGAAUAAAUAACACCGUACAAGUGCCUUACAAAAAUACACAGCCCUGCUCAAUGCCGGAAUCCUCCUGAGUCUGGCACCCAAAAGCGCUCGCCCUCAAGAUCCCCAACCCACAAAUAUCUCGAGUGUGCUUCGCCGAGUGUCCUGUCAGCCAAAUAUAUGGUAAUGGCAGAGAUCGGUGGCCAUUUGGCUCACCAGCUACCGUUGCACAAUCACAACCACAAUCAAACUGGAUUACAGCCAUCGCUGGUGAUGAACCAUCACCUGGAUUUGGAUUGUCACGGACACGAUGUGAUAAAAAAACAACGACUAUCUCACUGCGUCGGCUGUGGAGGCCAGAUCCACGAUCAGUAUAUCUUGCGCGUCGCCCCCGACCUCGAGUGGCAUGCGGCGUGUCUGAAGUGCCAGGAGUGCAGGCAGUUCCUGGACGAAAGCUGUACGUGUUUUGUGCGCGACGGCAAGACCUACUGCAAGCGUGAUUAUGUUAGGUUAUUUGGUACAAAAUGUGAUAAAUGCGGCAACUCCUUCAGCAAAAAUGACUUUGUGAUGCGGGCCAAAACGAAAAUCUUUCACAUCGAGUGUUUUCGGUGCUCUGCGUGUGCGCGACAAUUGCUGCCAGGUGAUGAAUUCGCGUUACGCGAUGCCGGGGCUCUGUACUGCAAGGAGGAUCACGAUGUGCUGGAGAAAUCGUCGCAGAGCAGCCUCACCUCUUCGUCGGUGGAGAGCAACAACAAUAUUAGCAGUAGUAACAACAACAACACCAACCUUAGCAACAACAACCAUUCCAGCGAAUUGGGUUCAAUGUCAGAUUCUGGCAGCGAAUCAGGCUCACACAAAAGUAUUAGGGAGAAGCGACCCUCGGGGCCCUCGGAUGGCAAGCCAACGCGAGUUCGGACCGUGCUCAAUGAGAAACAGCUGCAUACGCUCAGAACCUGCUACAAUGCUAAUCCGCGACCUGAUGCGCUCAUGAAGGAGCAGUUGGUGGAGAUGACGAGUCUCUCCCCGCGAGUAAUCCGCGUGUGGUUCCAAAACAAGCGCUGCAAGGACAAGAAGAAGACCAUUCAGAUGAAGCUGCAAAUGCAGCAGGAGAAGGAGGGUCGCAAGCUGGGCUAUGGCGCCAUGCAGGGCAUCCCCAUGAUCGCCAGCUCCCCGGUUCGACAUGACUCUCCUCUGAAUCUUCAGGGUCUGGAUGUGCAGACAUAUCAACCGCCGUGGAAAGCCUUAAGCGACUUCGCCCUUCACGCCGAUCUCGACAGCAAUGGAGCGAUCAACACCCACACGCCCGCAUUUCAGCAGCUGGUCAAUCAGAUGCACGGCUACGACCUGAACGGGAUGCCCAUCCUGCCGCCGCACCCGCACUCGCACCCGGGCCAGGGACCUCCGCACCAGCAUCCACCGCCUCCCGGCGGACCGCACAAUCACCAGAACCAGCAGCCGAACCAGCAGCCCGGUGGCAGCAGCCUGGACUCCGGGAUCACCUCGCACCACCAUCCGGACAGCACCGACUCCUACGUGACCUACCUGGAGAGCGAUGACAAAUCCAAACUGGCGCUGACACCGUCGUCCUCCUCAUCGGCCUCGGCGGGCACAUCGAUCUCCUCGCCGCCAUCGGGUGUUGGAGCAGGGGGUGGUGGUGCCGUGGGCGGUGGUGCAGGUGUUUUGGGCUUGGGCGUGGGAGUGGUGGCCAAUCAGUCGGCCACCGAGCAGCUCAUGCAGAUGCUCCAGAAGGUAACCGGCUCCGCUUCCCCCGCCUCGCAUGCGGUUCUCUAAAAUGCAAGAGGAGAGCAUGGGCCUGGCAGGAAGCUGGGUCGGAUGGAGCUGCAGUCGAACUUCACUAACUUGAAAAAAUGUCAUAGAAAAAAAUUAGUUUUGCAAAAUAAAAAAGUUUAUUUUCACUAAGGAGAUCAAGAAUAAAAAAUCAAGAAUAUUUAAAAAUGUAAAUAUUUUAUUUGAAGAAGUUUAGUCAAAGUCCUGAAAUGUAUUAGUUACAACAUUUGUUUAAACACAAAUUUCAUACAGUUAGCGAAGUUCGACUGUAUUUGGGGUCGUGCAAUUGUUUUUGCCCGUGUUCUUUAUAUUCUACUCAUUUGUAUUCUGUAAAUUUAAUUUUAUUCUGUUUGAUUCGGUGCCAAAAAAUAGUCUGUAGGCCGUUGGCAUUUUGGGGAUAAUCUGGCUCUGGCUCUCCGGCUCAGUUGCACAUUUCGUUAUGUAACAUACACUUUGUUGUUGAGUUCAAAAAAGUAAACACGCAAAAAGAUGAAAUUAAAGUAAGCUAAACAAAAAUGCUCACACACUUGAAAAGUUUUUACAAUAAUUUUUGACACGAAAACAAAAAAUUAUAACAAAAGGAAAAUAGUUACUUCGCAUCAAGUAGGGAAUUUCAUUAAACAUAAAUUUGUAAAUAACUUUUAUAUAUACAUAAUAAACCAAUAUAUUUUCAUUCAAAAUGCAAAGAAGCGAUCGAAAGCAUUCAAAAACAAAAUGAGAAGUUGACUCGUGUGUAUUAUAUGGGAAAGUAAAUCCGAGGGGUAGCGAUAAACUAUAAAGACGCACUUGGCAAACUUGUAAAUCGAAUUAGCAACAACAAAAGCAUCUACGUCUAAGUUCGUAAAUUGUAUGGCAAAAGAAACACAAAAUUAUUAUACAUAAAUAAAUGCAAGUGAAGAAGUCGGGAACUUUAUGUAAGUGAGAAACGAAAACUGUAACUAAAUCUAGACUUAUUUGUUAGUUUUAAACAUUUCCGAAAUGCAUUGUAAAAUGGGGGAGACAACAAAUCCGGCAGCGGGAUGGCAAGAAAGAGAAUGCGAAAUGUACCAAGGAUGUUUAUAAGCUGUUUCGUAAAACAACUAAUGUAUUUUCAAUAAUAUUUAACUAAUAUUAAUUAUAAACAGUGCAUAAGUAAUUUUAGUAACUAUAGAAAAUGUUUAAAUGAAAUUACAAACGAAAAUAAAACCACAAAAAAACAACACGCAAAAUAACA